UCUACUUGCUUAUCUACACCUCCAGCAGCCUAAUUCAUUCAAUAUGUAUGAAAUAUACCAUAUGCCGGGGUUUGCAGACAAUAGGUGCUCUGUUUAAUAAACUCCCCUCUCCACACCCCCUUCUCUCCUCCUCAGUGCUCCUUCUCCCUGCCUUCUUCCUGAGCCCUGGGCUGCUGUGUGACACAGGAGGAGAGUGUGUGUGUAUGAGCUGCCCUGCACUUCAUUGUGGAUAGGUGGAUGCAGGGACUCUGAGUGACUUGUGCAGAAUCCUAUGGAGAAGGUCACAGGAAAGGGGAAAUAGUUAAAAUCCAAGAGGAAGGAGCAAGCAUGCCAAGCAGAACUGAAGCUACAGGAACAAGUGUCCAUCAGUGACAGACCUACAUUGGUUUGUUUGUAAGUCAUAGUUUCCUUAGGUGGACUGCCGGUUGUGUUUCGCUCCAUCCGCCCUAUCUCCAAAAACAAAUAUUACAUUUGGAAACUGCUCUAUGAAAUUGUUAUCACAUCCUUUUUACUGGAAAAGAUGAAGUAACCUGCAAAUAUAUGUGGAGCAUUAAUCCCCGAGCUUGUCAUUGAAGCGCCUGGCUACUGAAUAAAUACUACAACAUACACCUACAUAGGUGACCCAUUAACCAUUUAUAAAUAAGAUUGGCAGAUCAUGUGGAAGAGUUCCCGUAGGAUCACCCUUUGCUGAAUUCUCUAAGCCUAGAAAGCCAUUUGGAAGGAAGAAGCCAUGAUGCUUAAGUCUAAUACAGUCUCACAGGGCAUAUUAGGUGGGUCUGUGGAUGCUCAUGGUCUAAACUGUGGAUUCAUGGAUCAGAAUGCAGGCGGGAAUGAAUCUUGGAAUACUACUUCAGAUGAGUUCCCAGAGGUGGAAAACAAUAAGGACAAAGAAUCUGAAAAGAACAACCAGUUUGUUGAGGUUACGACAGCCGUGUGGGCAAUAGUUGAGGAAGAACCUGAUGAGUCUUCCAAUGGGUUCAACCAAGAUGGAGAUAUUGGAAAUGAAGAAGAAACCAAGACAUUUGAGGCCCCAGUGAAACUUGAUCCUGUUCCUAUAAAGACAGAUGAAAACAACCUUCAAUGGAAAAUUGUGCCAAACACCAAGGUGGUUUCCUCCAUACAACACUCAAGGAAGAUGAAUAUUCCAAGAAGCAUCAGUCUCACAGAGAAAGAGUUGAGGGAAGCGCAAUUGCUUAGUGACCACAAUGCUUCCCAGCUAAGCCCUUCAGGAAAUUGUUCAAGGGGAGCUCAGCUGUUUCACCGACGUCGGCAAAAACUAAAAGCUCUUGAGGAAAAGAAACUUGCACAACAACAGGCAGAAGCACAAAGGACCAAGCAUGCCCCGCAUGGUCCAAAGCUUUCUGAUUUAAGAAAGACAGAACUUCAGUUUGGUUCUCGGAAACCCUCACGUUUUUACAGUAUGGAAGAAACUUCAAUAAACCAUGAAAACACAAGUGCAACCGAUGAUAUUUGGGCAGAUGAGACCAAAGAUACUGAUUUCCCUCCUGUAGAUAAACGGGCACCUUCACCAAGUGCUUCAGAGGAAGACCAUCAAGGACCUCUUAGUGCAUAUCUUAAGGAAACUUUGAAAGUGUCAAACUCUAACACAAACGGUUUAGUUAUUGAGAGUAGCCAAGAAAUAGAACCUCCUGUUAAGAAAGAACAAAAUGGCUCACCAAACACACAGUACUGUGAAGUUCAUCUAACAUUAUCAAAACCAGUAUCUGUAACUAACCGAUCAGCUAAGCCUUUUGGAGGUCAAUCAUCUGCCAAGAGAAAUGUGCCUUCUUCAGAAAAAGGUCCUACUAUUGAGCUCCCACCUCCACCCACUUAUGCAGAAACUUUAUCGAGUCCUCCACCGGUCACACGUGUUCGGUCUCCACCUGCAUACUCGGCUUUAUAUCCCAUAGAGCCAGCACAUACUACUCCUGUGCAUGCCCCUGUGCAACAAGUGAUUAACCAUGGAGAACCAAGACUUACACCACAGCCAAAGACUGGUAUUCUGGAAUCAAUAUCUACACGGAAAGGACCUAAAAAGUCAAUGUUCACAUUUAUUGAAAAGCCAAAGAUGGCGCCCAAUCCGGAACUCCUGUCAAUGGUGCAAAAUGCAGAUGAAAGACGAAAACAGGUGCAUGGAGAUGUAGCGACUGAAGAUGAGCCAUUUGCUCUUGGAGCUGAAGCUUCAAAUUUCCUAAAUAAAUCACCUAAUGCUGCAGACAAUGCUGACCAAGCUGAUGCAAUGCCCAAUUGGUCAUCCAGUUUAAAGUCUCCUGGUAUAAGUCCAAAGCCACCACGUAUGCCUGUGCAAGGCCUUUCCGAGGAUAAAGGGAAAGGCGCAGAACUUUUUGCACGCAGACAGUCCAGAAUGGAGCGUUUUGUGGUAGAUAGCCCUGCACCAAUAGAUUCCAUUCGAUCUCCUUCUCCUACAAUGUCUCUGCCGCCAUCUUGGAAGUUUGGCUCAAAAACAACACCUCCUCCAUUUACUCAGCAACCCAAGAACAACCAAAGAUCUCCUAAGCUUCCUGCCUCUACACCUGUUACUAAUACUGCCUCAGAGACCAUGCAAUCAAAAAAGGAACUUGAAAUAUCUAAACGCCAGCCAUACAAACUCCAGUCUUCUUUGUUCAUCCUGUCACCAGCUAAAGAUCCUGUGAGCACCCUUCCCAAAGCUGCACCUCCACCAAAGCCCAUGGUGCUUGAAUCGCAUCGAUUCGCCAGACAAACAUCAUGCCCAACCUCCCCUGUGGUUCCUUCUCCUACUAUGUAUUCUCCAUCUUAUUUUCAGUCUAUCCGAUCACCUUCAUCUGUCAAUAUAUCACCAUCCCCAGUGCCUGAUACUCCUCCAAGCUAUGGAAGAAGAACACCAACCAGCAAUCUAUCUCCAAUAUCUCCGGUUCCUUUCUCAAAUAUGACAGUAUCGUCACCUCGAAACAAGACUGUAAUACAAGCUCCCCGGCCAACAUUUUCUGCCAAAAAUGCAGGCUUGGAAUCACAGAAAUUAAAGGAAUUCAUACCUGGAUCCUCCAACAACAAAGCACUUCAACACAGUAAAUCAUUGGACGGGUGGGCAAGUUCUUCAGCAUCCUUACAGAGCUAUGAUGAAAGAUUAGUCAUACAAAGUCCUCCACCACCACGCUCCAUGUCUCCGGCCUGGAGUGAUCGGUCCCAGUCCCCAUCACCUCUAAGAAUGGAGAAUGACCCCAAGGCCGGCAAGCAAAUGAAAGCUUUAUUGGCUCGUAAUAUCAUCAAUGCAGCAAAAAGGAAGAGCACUUCACCAUGGGGGGUAACAAGUCCUCAGUCCCCUGUUCAUAUCAGCACACCUUGGAGCCCCACUGUAGGCAAUGGAUCUUCUCUGCCAGAAACACCAAGAGCCAGAAGAUCUCCUACAGGUUCUGAUAUCUCUAUAGAGUCAGAAGACUCUGGGGCCAAAUCUCCAGGAUUCCGGAGUUAUCCAUUCUCACCUAGAGGAUGGUAUGGGAGCCUGCGACUGAAGAGAGAUAGUCUACCAUCUGGCUCCCCUUUCCAAUACACCCCAUAAAUUUUUCUGUCCAAGAAGUAAUCUGGAGUAGACCAACUCAACAAAAAAGAGCAAAAAAAGUGUAACAUUCCCUACACUGCCAAAUAGAAGUAUUGGAAAAAUCUAAAAUUCUAAAUUUGGACAUUUAGAUUGAACUUAACAGGGUAAAGCUCCUCCAAAAACACUGAACCGGAUAUCAAUGAUGAAAAUAAGUUUCCUCGUAAAAGAAUGUGGACCAUUCAAAUUUUGUUGAAAGCUUUUGUAAUUUUUAUUUUUUACAAUUUUUCACCUUAAACAGCCUUUGUAUUAUUUUUCUUAAAGAUGUUUUGCUAUGAUCCAAUGGUUUUGUUUAUGAGAAGUAAUCUAUUGCGGGGAAAAAUAAAACCGUGAUGAUCAUAGGAGAUCGAUAUCAACGUCAGGUUCGGAACAUAAUGUAAUAUUUUUUGUGGGGUGGUUUGGGGACAGACAAUUCUGACGAUUUCUCACGAUUAACCAUAUAAUGCGAAGAUCUUUUGGAAGCCACUUGGUCUUGUCUCUAAAGGAUGAGGUGACAACGAGGGAUCGCUAUUGUGAGGUUGCGAUCUACGACCUGAUAACGGAACGAUAUGCGGGAUGGGUAAUGGGCUUCAGAAUCGGGACUUGACAUUUGCCUUUGCACUGAUAAAAACCUCUCAGUAUUCUAUGCAUAGGCUCCUCGCUGCACAUAUAUCGAUGCACUACAAUGGCUGAUAACUUUCCACUGCCGGGAGAGUAUACUAGGCUUUAAUACGUGAAAAUGGAAGAAGUACAGACAAAAAAUGUAAUUGAGCGGGUAAAGGAAGAAGAGAUGUAGAAGCAAAAUAUAGCUGGAUUUAUGAAUGUGACGGUACAGAAUACAAGGAUGUGUCACUAUAUCUAGACAGCUAUUGGGGCUAAGCCACAUGGCCAAUGUUGUUACUUUGCUCGACCUUCAUCUUGAGUUGGAAGUGAUGGAAUAUAAGAGGGGUCCGUUCUCCAGGAUCCUUUCUGAGUUUUUUCACUGUACAGCCUGAGCAUUGAUGACAACAGUCUAUGGGAAUUCUUCACAAUAGGCUCAUGUUAAGGCUGCAACAAUGUGGCAUAUGCUUUUUAGCAUAACCCUGGCCUAACCUUCUCCCCUUCCAUUGGGAAAAGUAGAGUUUGGGAAUAGCUGAAGCUAAGUGGAUUGCUUAAAGGACCAUAGGGGAGAUUUAUCAAAACCUGUCCAGAGGAAAAGUUGCCCAGUUGCCCAUAGCAACCAAUCAGCUUGCUUCUUUUAUUUUUAACAAGGCCUUUGUAAAAUGAAAGAAGCAAUCUGAUUGGUUACUAUGGGCAACUGGGCAACUUUUCCUUUGCACGGGUUUUAAUAAAUCUCCCCCCAUGAAUAUAAAAUGAUCAGUCAAAAUUGUGAGUGCAAAAGACUUUUAAAAAGCCAAGGAUCCUGUAUACAGGCCCAGUGCGUAUACAAGUUCCCAUGCACUGUAGAUAUCCAGAUCGGGAUAGGCCCCAUGACCUAUCUUACCAAUGACAAGAUGGAUUUACGCAAAACAGUUUGUUCCAUUAUGAUUAUUAUUUAGAAAUGUUGUAUUCUUUUAUAUCAUUGUGAAUGCUCUUAUUAAUCAUGUACACCUAUAUGGCAACUUGCACUUUAGUUCUUGGUCCUUUAACCUUCCUCGAAAGAAUAGUUGAAAUGCAUACAAGAAAGACAUGUGGGCUAUGGUUUAUACCAAUGCACUGAGGAGCAGUUGGAUGCACUGCACCAUUUUGGUCCAUGCUGUAUCAUAAGGAAUGUGCUUUAUAUGUAACUUCAUUGACGCAGACGCAGGCCGCCAGCAUAUACAAUGCUGAAUACUGCCUAACAUCACUUUCAACACAGUGCUGGACAGGAGACUAAAGAAGAUUCAGAUUAAGUAAUUCACAGCAACUAUUUAUGGUUUUGCUUUCAUGGUAAAAUUGUAGGUAGGUUACUUGGCUGCCAGGGUUUUUCUAGGGGGUAAAAAGUCCUGUGCAACUUACAAGAAUUGUCACCUGACUUUGCCCUUCAUAGGAUUUUAGUUCAUAAUAAAUCCUAACCUAGUAAUAUAUCAUUUGUCAAAAUUGAGCCCCAAAAUUUGAGUGCAAAAGAUAUAAACGUUAGAGUAAUUUGACUCUGGAGGUCAACAGAAGCACGUUAAAAUGUAAUUUAAUGUAUGAAUAUAUGAACACACAAAAAUGAUUCUCUAGAGGGGCGAUGUUCUCACAUAGAGUGAAUACACAUAGGCAUUGAAUGACCGUCUGUGAAAAUCCUGCUCUGGAUCAGAAUUGGUCUUUUCACUAGACUUUAGGACACUAAGGGAAAUUCCAUGUAAUGGUCGACAGAAUAUUGGUGCUAAAAGCAACAUGUUUUACCAAAAUCUGGACCCUCAAAGGGGUACUCUGCCCCUAGACAUAUCUCUAGGAUAGGGGAUAAAAUGUCUGAUCGCAGGGGUCCCUCCGCUGGGGACCACCGCGAUCUCCCUGCUACACCCGGCAUUUGUUUAGAGUGUCAGGUGCAGCCCCGGAGGCUAGUGACGUCAUGGUCGCGCCCCACUUGUGACGUCACGGGCAUGCCCCCUCAAUGCAAGCCUAUGGGAGGGGGCGUGACGCCCAUCACGCCUCCUCCCAUAGACUUGCAUUGAGGGGGCAUGGCCGUGACGUCACGAGCAGAGCGUGACCAUGAUGUAACGAGCCUCCGUCCCGCAUCGCCAGUUCGCUCCAUGCACCGGAUGUCUGGGGAGCCGCAGCCGAGAUCAAGGGGGUCCCACCACUGGAUAAGGGAUAAGAUGUUUAGGGGCAGAGUACCCCUUUAAGAUCCACUUUCAGAAAUGCCCCCAAAAGAUUUAAAAUCACCCCAAAAAUGCCCAUCACAGGAUUGUCCGAGCAAAGUCGGGACGGUUGGCAAGAAUAUAUAAUGACUGAAUACAUAGUAGUAUAUAGUUGUGACAAUGACAAGUUCCUUGUGGUCUUUAGCAUAGAUGGAGCCCCCAACAACCACCACAGGUGCUGUCAGUGCUGGUGGUCACUUCCACUUUCCCUCCAUUGCCUCAUCAGUAGACCCGGCGUAAGUUGUUAUUGGCUCUUAGAUAGCUAGAGGUGCCAAUGUUCGACCGUGAUGAGAUUUCUCCAUUCUAUUCUUGGUCCUGUAACCUUUAAAGGCCAAGCCAAGCAUCUCAGGCACUUGAGCCCUAGAUAUUUGUACAACAUGCAAUACGGAUGUCUGGAUAAAAACCUGCAAGGGUCAAUGAUACUUUCAUCGUCAAAAAAGCAAACUGUAAAUUGGAAAUAACAUUCAGUGGGUGUCAGCACUUAUGUCUGUCUGUGUACAUUUAUAGGGGUGAGUAUUGUGAUUUAAAGGCGUUAUCAAGAAUUAAAAAAAACACAGCUGCUACUUCCAAACACAGCGCCACAUCUGUCCUCAGGUUGUGUGUGGUAUUACAACUCAGCUCCACUUAAUUUAGUGUACUGAGCUGCAAUGCCACACACGAGCUGAGAACAAGAGUGUCGCUGUUUGUGGAGGAAAGCAUCUACGGUUUUCUAAUUCUGGAUAAACCAUUUAAAUGCAGCCUAUACAUUCAGGGGACAUCACUGGCUUAUACAGAAGGUUUGCAUGAGCUGGAACCAAUCAGAUUAUGCUGAGUGUGAAAACAGUGGUUGAAACAUACAAACUUUGGCGCCCUCUGCAGGGAAAAUGGCAUACUGUAUACAUAUACAUACAUAAUACAUACAUAAUAUACACAUAUAUAUAUACAUAUAUAUAUAUAUAUAUAUAUAUAUAUAUAUAUGUAUAUAUGAUCCCACAGAUAUCCUGAUUUGCAAGGGGCUGCUUAACUAGCUAGGAAAAGGGAUUGGACAUAUUGGUUUUUAAAGUGCACAAUACUUGGUUGCCAUGAGAGAUACUGUAAGCAGUGCUAGGUAGGUCUUGCUUUGGCUUAUGGCCUUCUUUAAGUCGAUUUUAGAAAGACACGCAAUGAAGGAUUUACAUGUAAUUUUAUAUCUUGUUUUAUGUCUUGUUAUCAUCUUAAUGUGGUACUCUGCCCCUAGACAUCUUAGACCCCCGCGAUCUCGACUGUGGCAUCCCACACAUCCGGUGCAUCAAGCGAAAUUCCCUCCAUGCCGGAUUACUGGCGAUGACAGUGCCCUGCUCCGUGCCAUGCUCGUGACAUCACGGCCAUGCCCCCUCAAUGCAAGUCU